AUGGAAUAUUUUGUUGAUCCAAAAACAUGUGAGAAAAGAGGAGUUUAUGGUGAUGAAGGAAUAGAAAUAGAAGAUUGUAUGCGUAGAAGCACUAAAGAAGAUGAUGCAUGGGUAUUAUAUAGAUAUUGUAUUAGAAGACAGAGAAGAUGGUAUACAAAACCAAAAACUAUUAAAUAUGGUGAUAUUAAACAUAAAAUUACACAAAUAUCAGAAUAUGUUUCAGAACCACCAAUUAAACCAUUAAAACAUCAAAGAAAACCAACAAAAAUAGUAGUUUAUACAGAUUCAUUUUGUUAUUCUGCUUGUUCAUUUAUAACAAAAGGAAUAAAAGAAUGGGGAGGAGCUAUUAUUGUUGGAUUUGAUGGUGAUCCAUAUGGUAAAGAUGAAGAAUUUGAAGUAGGACAAGCACCAUCAAAUAGAAUGAUAAGUAUAAUUACAGAAAAACAAUAUGAUUACAAACCAUUAGAAUUUUCACUUAGUUAUAGUAUUUUAGAAACAUUUAAACAUAAUUAUAAAUAUAAUGAAAAUAUUCCGAGAGAAUUUAUAAAAGAUAUAGUAGAUGAAAGAGUAAAUAUAUAUCCAUAUGUUAUAGGAGAUGAAAUAAUAGAAGAAUUUGAAGAAGAAACAAAGAAGAUAAUAGAGAAAUAUCAAACAAAAUGUAAUCCAAAGAAUAAAAGAUUGGUUAAAAUAGAUAAUAAAUGUGAUAAAGAAAUUAAUAUAAAACAUGGACAUGGAGGAUAUGAAUGUGGAGAUAAAGGAGAAUGGAGUACAAAAUGUGUACUAGCUUAUUGUGACUCAGGAUACAAGUUUGAUUAUAAUAAAAAUAAAUGUGUUAAAGGAAUUUGUGCAUAUCCAAGUAGUGGAAAUAGAAUAAUGACAAUAAAUCUAGUUAUGAUUAUUGUUGGAUUAAUGAUGAUAAUUGUUUAA